GAAAUAUCCAAAACGUCAGUGCUGUCCUGUCGUGUGUCAGCCAUUGCUGUCAGUUUUGACAAAUUAAAUCGCUAAUUUUGCGGAUGCGGAACGAGAAUUUUAUUCACAAAUUUUGUUCCUACCUAAUUAUCUAAUAGCAAUUAUACAAAAUGUCUAUUCGUUUGGGAGGUGCGCUUAAAGAGCUGAGGAUUCAUUUAUGUCAAACCAGUAAACAAUCCGCUGGUGUUCGAGAGUUUAUUCAGAAGAAUUAUGUUAACAUCAAGAAGGAGAAUCCUAACUUUCCAAUACUAAUUCGUGAGUGCAGUGGAAUCCAACCUCGCGUUUGGGCUCGAUAUGAUAAAGGCGUUGAACGUAGCACACCACUCACAAAUUUAUCUGCCAGCGAUGUUCUGUCUGCUAUUAAACAACUCGUCAAGUGAAUAUGUUACAUUGUUAUAAUAGUCAUAGUAUAUUUUAAUUUCAAUUAAAACUCAGUUAAAUAAA